CUCUUCAGAAACGUACCGCGUCAUUUGUUUAACAUAUCGAUAAAGAAAAAAUUAAGAUUCGUAUAAGAGGCCAGACGAGAGCGAGCACUAUCAUUUUACAAGCUAGAAAAUGUACGCGCUUCGAUUGUCGAUUGUGUGGAUAUUCAUUGUCCUUGAAAGCGUGAAAUGUUCGAUUUCGGACGUUCUCGAUUACAACAGGGCAGCUAUCACCAUCGAAAAAAAUGACACGAAUCCUUGCAAUGCAACGAGAGAGUGUUUAAGUUGUACGACAUCCAGACUAUGUAUACCUGACGAGUCGUCAAACAAAUUGAAACAGAUCAUGACGAUAAAUUGCUCUAUGGUUUAUAACAAACCCUAUUGCGAUAUAGACACUGGUUUGUGCACGAAUGUAGCUCCAAAUCAUUGCCCUUCGAACGAUUUCAUCUGUCCUUCUAUCGAUGGGGUGUAUCCCGAUCCUAACAAUUGCGCAAGAUAUCACAUUUGUGUGAACGGUUAUAGAAUAACGAAUACUUGUCCGCCUAACAACAUAUACGAUACACAAUUGGAAAAUUGCAAGUUCUCUCGUUAUUCCUAUGGCUGCAUUACCAUUAAUUGCAAAGGUAAGGAGGGCCAGUAUUUCGUUUAUCCAACAAACGAUAAAAUAUAUGGAACAUGUGUUAAUGAACAACCAUAUUUUAUUGGGCGAUGCAAGGCAUACGAGAAAUUUGAUAUUAAUUUGAAAAGAUGUACUAGAGUUUGCAAACGUGUUGAAAAUCAACCUACCGAUGACUGUCAAAAGUAUAUACGUUGCGCCCAAAUUGGAAUAGGAAGAUACGAACCAGUUUUGCAAUACUGUGCCUGUGAUAAAGGCUUUGAUGAGGAUAAAGGUAUCUGCAUAAAGGAAGCAAAAUGUUUGAACAAGACGAAUUCUUGCAAAACGGAAACACUCCUUGCCGAUCUAUUGGGCCUUCCGCAGUCGUCUAAUUUCAUCAUCAAUAAUUCGGAUAAUAAGAAUAGUAACAACAGUAUAUCUAAUGGUAAUGACAAUGCAAACGGGAAUAUUGUGAACGGCAAUAGUAACAAAAAUAAUUCGAAUUCUGGUAAUGUAAGUAAUGUAAGGAGACCAGCAUUACGUCAAUUCAUUAUCAAUAAUUCAGAAAAUAGUCAAGGUUCGAAUAAGGUGUCCAAUGGCAACGAUGAGGCAAAUGGUAAUAUAGUUAAUGGCAAUGACAAUGCUAAUAAUAAGAACGAAGGUGACGUAGGUAACGAAGUGCGCAGACCUGGUCUACGCCCUUUAAUUAUUAAUAAUUCAGGAAAUAGUCAUGGUUCGAAUAAGGUGUCCAAUGGAAACGAUAAUGAAAAUGGUAAUAUAGUUAAUGGCAAUGGCAAUGCUAAUAAUAAGAACGAAGGUGACGUAGGUAACGAAGUGCGUAGACCUGGUCUACGUCCUUUAAUUAUUAAUAAUUCAGAAAAUAGUCAUGGUUCGAAUAAGGUGUCCAAUGGAAAUGAUAAUGAAAAUGGUAAUAUAGUUAAUGGCAAUGGCAAUGCUAAUAAUAAGAACGAAGGUGACGUAGGUAACGAAGUGCGCAGACCUGGUUUACGCCCUUUAAUUAUUAAUAAUUCAGGAAAUAAUCACAGUGAUAAUAAUGUGUCUAAUGGCAACGAUAGCGAGAAUGGUAAUAUAGUUAAUGGCAAUGGCAAUGCUAAUAAUAAAAAUGAAGGUGACGUAGGUAACGAAAUAGCGCACAAACCUGGUUUACGUCCUUUAAUAAUUAAUAAUUCAGAAAAUAGUCACAGUGAUAAUGAUGUAUCUAACGGCGAUGAUAGAGAGAAUGGUAAUAUAGUUAAUGGCAAUGGCAAUGGAAAUAAUUCAAAUUCUGGCGGUGUAGGCAACAGACUUGAUCUACGUCCUUUAAUAAUUAAUAAUUCAGAAAAUAGUCACAGUGAUAAUGAUGUAUCUAACGGCGACGAUAGAGAGAAUGGUAAUAUAGUUAAUGGAAAUGGCAAUGGAAAUAAUUCAAAUUCUGGCGAUGUAGGCAACAGACUUGAUCUACGUCCUUUAAUAAUUAAUAAUUCAGAAAAUAGUCACAGUGAUAAUGAUGUAUCUAACGGCGACGAUAGAGAGAAUGGUAAUAUAGUUAAUGGCAAUGGCAAUUCUAAUAACGAGAAUCAAGGUAACGUAAGUAAUCAUAAUUGAAAUUCAAGUUCUAAUAAUGUACGAAAAUAAUAAGUUUUAAUAUUUCCAUGUAAAUAUAUUUUAAAUAAUAUAUAUAUAAUAAAUUAUAUAUAUAUAUGCAUGUAUAAAAAUUUUUUAAAUGUUUUAAUAGCUUCCUUUCAAAAUUAUAAAUAAAAAUAAAAUAUCUU